CUGAUUUGAUUGGCUGAGAACAGCUUCAACAGGCUCUAGUUCACGUCGAACGACGAAAAGUCACGUUUGUCUCUUCAAGUCACACCGCGUUCUCCUCUGGUUAAACGCCUUCUUUGCUCUUCUUUGUUGUCUUUUGACUCUGGCUAAUACCAACUGUCCAUCAUGUCCCCAGGUCCAUUAACCCCGACUCAGGCUAAUAUGUCUCGCUCAAGAGCAAGACCAGAUACUGAAAACGAACCAGCCGCUAAGAAACGAAAGAUAGAGACCUCAUUUUCGCAGAGGUCCCAGACCCAGAAUCAGCCCUCAUUCGCCACGGUUUUGGAAAGAUUGAAAGAGGAGAAGGAUGGAAAACGCGCCGCAGAAGGAGGUGCUGAUCAAUGGACGCGUCCUGUAUUACACAAAAUCAACGAGAAAGUAGACAAGAUUGUAUUUCAGCAAAUUGAUGUCGAGGAGAAUACAGAAGGCAAUUUCACGGCUCUGAGAAUGUUCGGAGUAACAGAAACGGGACACAGUGUGCUCGCUCACAUUCGCGAUUUUCUUCCCUACUUUUACAUUCCAGUGCCGCGUGGCUUCCAGGGUGAAGACAUAGAAUCCUUUAGAGAUUAUCUAAAUAGUCUAACAAUAAAUGGUGCCGUCCGGAAAAUCGAGACCGUGAACAAACGCACUUUAUGGGGUUAUCGAGGCGAAUCAAAGAGUCCCUUUCUGAAACUUACGAUUUCAGACCCGAGGACCCUCCCGAAAGUUCGAGGUCUCUUUGAGAGAGGCGAAUGCGCUUUCCGCGGCUUCUUUGCCACCUCGAUUGGAGACUCGUACCCAACUUUCGAGAGCAAUAUUGCUUACACGCUUCGAUUCAUGAUUGACACCCAAGUCGUAGGGAUGAAUUGGAUUGAGGUCCCUGCAGGACAAUACGAAUUAGUCCCUCCAGACAGACGGAAGUCGCACUGUCAAAUCGAGAUCAAACUCCGGUGGAAUGCUUUCAUCUCUCAUGCCCCGGAAGGAGAUUGGUCUAAGAUCGCACCUCUGCGUAUCCUCAGCUUUGACAUCGAAUGCGCUGGGAAACCCGGUCGUUUCCCCACUGCAGAUCAGGACCCAGUUAUCCAGAUUGCAAACAUGGUUACUCGUCAAGGAGAGACUCAGCCAUUCAUUCGUAAUGUCUUCACCCUAAACUCGUGUUCGCACAUUGUCGGCUCACAGGUUUUGUCGUUUGAUGACGAGCAACAAAUGUUGGAGAAAUGGAGAGACUUUGUAGAAGAAGUCGACCCCGAUCUUAUCAUUGGAUACAACAUUGCAGGCUUCGAUUUUCCAUAUCUCAUUGAUCGCGCGAAAGAACUGGGCUCGCAGAGGUUCCCAUAUUUGGGACGCUUGAAAGAUGUCCAGACUAGAGUUAAGGACACUCAUUUCUCGUCUAAGGCAUACGGACAGCGGGACUCCAAAGAGACUCCUCUCGAUGGCCGAUUACAGCUUGAUGUUCUGCAGUUUAUGCAACGAGAGCAUAAACUUCGUAGCUAUACCUUGAACUCUGUUUGCUCACACUUUCUCGGGGAGCAGAAAGAAGAUGUGCACCAUUCUGUCAUUACAGAGCUCCAGAAUGGGACCCCUGAAUCUAGGCGUCGUUUAGCUGUCUAUUGCCUGAAGGAUGCCUAUUUGCCACAACGACUGCUUGACAAACUUAUGUGCUUUGUCAAUUAUAUCGAGAUGGCUCGUGUUACUGGUGUCCCGUUCAAUUAUCUACUCGCGCGAGGACAGUCAAUCAAAGUCUUGUCUCAAUUAUUCCGCAAGGCGAAUGAUGAAGGCUAUGUUAUUCCUGCGAUGAAGGGUGAAGGUUCCGAGGACCAAUAUGAAGGUGCAACUGUCAUUGAGCCUCAUAAAGGUUAUUACGACGUCCCCAUCGCCACCCUUGACUUUAGCUCGCUAUAUCCCUCGAUCAUGAUGGCUCACAAUUUGUGUUACACGACGCUUCUGGAUAAGCCUACAAUUGAACGGCUAGAGUUGGUCAAAGACAGAGAUUACAUCCAAACCCCCAACAAUGACUUUUUCGUCACUACUUCAAAGCGAAAGGGAUUGUUACCAACGAUUUUGGAAGACUUGAUUGCUGCGCGUAAGCGCGCCAAGGCGGACUUGAAGAAGGAGAUUGACCCUUUCAAGCGUGCUGUUUUGGACGGUCGUCAGUUGGCACUGAAGGUCAGUGCUAACUCCGUGUAUGGCUUUACUGGAGCCACCAUUGGUAAAUUGCCGUGCUUGGCCAUUUCCUCCAGUGUCACUGCUUAUGGUCGACAGAUGAUUGAGAGGACGAAACAGGAAGUUGAGGCCGAAUAUAGUACUGCUAACGGCCACUCACAUGAUGCGCAAGUUAUAUACGGUGAUACAGACUCUGUCAUGGUGCGCUUUGGUCCUACUGACUUAAAGACCGUGAUGGCCCUCGGCAGCCAAGCUGCGGACUUCGUCACAGCAAAAUUCAUCAAACCUAUCAAGCUCGAGUUUGAGAAGGUUUAUUAUCCAUAUCUCCUUAUCAGUAAAAAGCGUUACGCGGGCCUCUAUUGGACCCGGCCAGAGGGGCAUGAUAAGAUGGACUCCAAGGGUAUCGAGACGGUUCGACGAGACAAUUGCCGCCUGGUGUCUACUGUCAUCGAAACGUGCCUUAACAAAAUGCUAAUCAACCGUGACGUGAAGGGUGCCGAGGAAUAUGUGAAGCAGACCAUCUCUGAUCUACUUCAAAACAAGAUUGACAUGUCUCAACUCGUUAUCACCAAGGCAUUGGCUAAGACUGAAUAUGCCGGCAAACAAGCUCAUGAUGAACUUGCAAAAAGGAUGAAAAAGCGAGACGCCGGUUCUGCUCCUGCGCUUGGCGACCGUGUUGCAUAUGUGAUUGUAAAGGGUAUGAAAGGUGCUGCGGCGUAUGAAAAUGCUGAGGACCCGCUGUACGUGCUAGACAACAAUAUCCCGAUCGACACCAGAUAUUAUCUGGAUAAUCAACUCUCCAAGCCUUUGAUGAGAAUUUUCGAACCUAUCCUCGGUGAGAAAGCCUCUUCACUUUUGACUGGCGAGCAUACUCGGACGAUCCAAAUUGCUACGCCCACAAUAGGCGGUUUGAUGAAGUUCGCAGUUAAGACCGUGACUUGCCUUGGGUGCAAAACUGCCCUUCGUGCCAACAACAGCACGAAUAAAAAUGGUGCUGUUUGCAAAAAUUGUAGGCCUCGCAUGGGCGAGCUAUAUCAAAAGCAGGUUUCUUCGGCUUCAGAGCUUCAGAUCAGGUUUUCCCGACUCUGGACGCAGUGUCAACGUUGUCAAGGCUCUCUUCAUCAGGACGUUUUAUGUACUAGUAAGGACUGCCCCAUCUUCUAUAUGCGAAAGAAAGCGCAGAAAGAUGUAGAAGAUGCAAAUGCUGUGUUAGAGCGCUUCGAUACUGAUUCUUGGUAGCGUUUUUUGGAAGAUAUUUCAUGUCUAGAAUUUAGUCUUAAGUUUAUCUUGCCCAUGUAUCGUUAGCGUAUGUUUAUGUUAUGAUCAGAAUUAUGUAGACCAAAACAUCCUCGAUUUCGUCGACACA